UUAGAGGAAAUCACUUCAAACCACGGUAAUAAGAAAGUGACUGGAGCGCAAACCAUGAGCCAGCUGCGAGCCACAAAGCCUGGAAUUCUUGUGUGCGCAGCCAUUGGCAUCUUUGUUUUUCUUUAUUUAAGGAAUCCAACUUCUGAGGACCCAGAGGAGGGACCCACCCACCCAGCAGUAGUGGAAUGUGGCUUUUAUCCAGAUGAAUUAUGCUCAGCUUUGUUUGAAGGGAAAGAGGCGGCCCUCCAAAUCGCAAAAUUUUGUAAAGAUCCUCACGGAUCUGAAAUAGUUGCUCGUUUACACAGACCAGGAAAUUGCUCCAGGAUUUCCCGGGAGCUGCAUUUCAUAACCAGACCGCUGUCUGCAGAAGAGGGUACCUUCCCUUUGGCAUAUAUUGUAACUAUUCAUAAGGAGCUGGCUCUGUUUGUGCAGCUCCUCAGAGCUAUUUAUCUGCCCCAAAAUGUUUACUGUAUCCAUGUUGAUGCAAAGGCCCCAAAGAAGUAUAAGACUGCUGUGCAAUCCCUGGUUAACUGUUUUGAAAAUAUUUUUAUUUCAUCAAAGAGAGAGAAAGUGGCUCACACUGGCUUUAGGAGACUACAGGCAGAAAUCAAUUGCAUGAAAGAUCUAGUCCAUUCCAAAUUUCAAUGGAGCCAUGUCAUUAAUCUUUGUGGACAGGAUUUUCCGAUCAAAACUAACAAAGAUAUCAUACGCUACAUCAGAAGCAAGUGGAAUGAUAAAAACAUCACUCCUGGAGUAAUCCAGCCACCAAGCAAUAAAUCCAAGACAAGCCAAACUCAUCGCGAAUUCACUCCCGAAGGAAACAUCUAUGCAUCUCCAAAUGAAAGAUUCAGAGACGACCCGCCCCAUAACUUAACAAUUUACUUUGGAAGCGCUUCCUAUGUACUCACGAGGAAGUUUGUGGAGUUCGUGCUGACAGACACCCGCGCCAAAGACAUGCUUCGGUGGUCCCAGGACAUCCACGGCCCAGAGCGACACUACUGGGUGACUCUGAACCGACUGAAAGAUGCUCCGGGUUCCACCCCGAACGCUGGCUGGGAAGGAAACGUUCGCGCCGUUAAAUGGAGAAGCGAGGAGGGAACAGUUCGUGACGGCUGUAAAGGGCACUACGUGCAGGACAGCUGUGUGUAUGGACCGGGAGACUUGCCCUGGAUCAUUCAAUCGCCGUCUUUGUUUGCCAGCCAGUUUGACUCCGCAGAGCCUCUGGUGGUCACGUGCUUGGAGAGGUGGCACAGACUUAAAGUGCUUGGGCAGGCAGAGGUCCCCGAGGAACCGCACUGGCACUUCCAGCGGGAGAGCCAUCUUAAUAGGAAAUUGAACCCCUGAGCUGGAGGUCACAGGGAGUGUCUGCGUUCUUACUGGUGUCACUGCUUCCUCAACUGGAAACUCGAGAACAUGCACACCAAAGAAGAAUGGCAAAAUAAUCCCUGGACACAAGUUAGUCCUCAAAUGAAUCUAGAAAUACGCUACUGACAAGACUCUGCUAUUGAUCACAGGCUACCUUCACAGCUUUGAGAAAAAAAAAUCACAAAAGAAAAAAAUAACUCAAAGUCCUGCCAAUGUCUGGAUAAGCCACCUGGAGCCCAACAACCACACUAAACAGCUGCUAAAAAUUAAAACCCCCAACACUUAGAUCCAGACUCAAGUUAGAACAAUAACACAUUCUGUCUUAAAGAUACUAUUGCGUAUAAGAGUCUAAUAAAGAACAAACUCCCACUGAAAAUGAAAAUAUGCUUAUCUCUAACAGUCCUUUUUAGCUGGGAACAAUGUAGCUCUGUCCCAUAAAUCUGAGAAAAACAAGAAAGAGGGUAUUUCCUUUGGUGAAGUGAAAUCCUGGAGUUGAAACACAACUUCUUACAAAGGCUGUCCUCAGUUUUUGCGGCCUUUCGGCGCCAAGAGCUCUUCCUGCGACGGUGGAACCCUUCUGUGUGUGAGCUGCCCAGUGCCAGCCACAACCACAGGGGGCUUUGGGUGCUGGAAAUGGGGCUGGAGUGACUCGAUCAAGCGAACCUUAAUUUUUAAAAUUUUAGUUAAUUGAAAAAAAAAUUUU